CCAGUGAAACUCUACACUUUCCCCCCUUGUAGUUCCCUCCCACUCUGUCCACCCAUCCACAAGGUUUCUGAAACUCACCUCAACUUACUUCUUAACAACACUGUACACUGGAUUGUCACCCCGGAUUAUAUAAUAAUCACAUCUUGAUUCCUGGCACCUUCGGGGGAGACAUUUUGGAUUAUUAUCUCCUGAUAAUGAUGCUGCCCAGGUGCUGAUUCAGGCUGUGAGUGCUGGAGGCAGAGAGAGACCGACACCUCAGAUACGCUGACAGAGUGACAGGCCAGACUGGACAGCUUGAUGGUGGUAAUAAGCUAAACAAAACAAACCCAAACCAAGGCCGAGAUGGAAUUACGACUGGGAUUUAGGAUCAACCUGGUCUUGGUCAUCCUGGCCUUGACUCUUUCAGGAGAGAGAGUUAUAGCACAGAGGGCAGGAUGCAAAAAUGUCCACUAUGACCUGGCGUUUAUCCUGGAUACCUCAUCCAGCGUUGGAAAAGAGAAUUUUGAGAAGAUCAGGCAAUGGGUAGCCAACCUUGUCGAGUCUUUCGAUGUGGCACCUGACAAGACAAGAGUCGCUGUGGUACGCUACAGUGACAGACCCACCACUGAGUUCAGCCUAGGUCGGCACAGGACCUUGGAGGAUGUGAAGCGAGCUGCCCGUAACAUACGCUAUCUGGGGGGAAAUACAAUGACUGGGGAUGCUAUCAGCUACACCACCAGCAACAUCUUCACCGAGCUGAAUGGAGCGAGGCCUAUAGCCAGAGGCAUUCAGAGGGUGGCCAUCCUUCUCACAGAUGGCCGAAGCCAGGAUUAUGUUCUGGAGCCCUCCAAGGCAGCUGCUAAAGCUGGCAUCAGGAUGUUUGCUGUGGGCAUCGGGGAGGCGCUGAGGGUGGAGCUGGAGGAGAUUGCAGCUGAGCCAAAGAAUGCCCACGUCUUCCAUGUGACGGACUUUAAUGCUAUUGACAAGAUCAGGGGCCGGCUGAGGAGGAGGCUAUGUGAAAAUGUCCUGUGUCCAAACAUGAAGGUUCAACCUGAUCGGUUUAAGCCCAACAGCACCAGUUAUGGUCUUGAAAAGGUUCCAGGCUUCGACCUAAUGGAGUACUUCAAUGUGAGAGAUAUUCUGGGAACCAGAGAGGACGAUGGACAAAGUUCUUAUGUUCGCCUUGGCACUAUGCCUAUUGUACAGCAAACAGAAGACGUGUUUCCUCAAGGGCUGCCCGAUGAAUAUGCCUUUGUGACAACGUUCAAAUUCAGGAAAACCUCAAGGCGUGAAGAUUGGUACCUUUGGCAGAUUUUUGACAAAUAUGGAAUCCCACAGGUGUCCAUCCGUCUGGACGGUGAGAACAAGGCGGUGGAGUACAACGCUGUCGGGCUGACAAAGGAUGCCGUCAGAGCUGUGUUUAAGAACCCUGAAGUUGACAACCUGUUUGACCGCAACUGGCACAAAAUUGCCCUUAGCGUGGAGGCCAAGUCUGUGUCUCUGUACUUGGACUGCAAACACGUCCAGACUCUGCCCAUUGAGGACAGGGAGGACAUUGACAUCCAGGGGAAGACAGUGAUUGGGAAGAGGCUGUAUGACAGUGUGCCAAUCGAUUUUGACCUCCAGAGGAUGAUGAUUUACUGUGAUUCCAAGCAUGCAGAGCUGGAAACCUGCUGUGAUCUACCCAAUGGACCUUGCCCUAAGAAAGUUGUUACAGAGGCUCCCCCUGUGCAGAUUGUCACUCCAACACCUACUGUUGUGGAGCAGAAAAGAGGCCCUCAGGUGAACUGCUCCUGCCCUGCAGGAGACAAGGGUGAUACAGGAAGCAUAGGGUUGACAGGUGCUCCUGGACAAAAAGGAGAGAAGGGUGUUGGUGGUGUGCCGGGUAUUGAUGGCUUACCUGGAGACAAAGGAGAGCAAGGUGAAGGAGGAGUGGCCGGUCCUCCGGGGCUGCCAGGUCCAGCUGGACUAAAGGGAAUGCAAGGGGAGGCAGGAAUUCCUGGCAUCCCAGGACCAAGAGGUGUCUCAGGUGAAGUGGGUAUAAAAGGUGAAAAAGGAGCACUAGGUGGCAGGGGUGAGGCAGGUUUGGAUGGAUUACCUGGCAAACCUGGUGUCCCUGGAAAAGAUGGUUUAAGAGGACUGGCUGGUGCACCUGGGGCCAGUGGAAUUAAAGGCAACAAGGGGGAGAGGGGCCUUCCCGGAUUGCCUGGGGACAUGGUUCAAAUAGAAGGUUUACUGGGUGAAAAGGGAGAGGCUGGACUUGCUGGGCCUCCAGGAGCAGAUGGCCCCCCAGGGCCUCCUGGUCCUCCGGGUCUACAGGGUCUACCAGGGGAACCUGGAGAGUUUGGCCAGAGGGGAAAAAAAGGUGAAAGUGGAUUGCCUGGAGUUGAUGGGCUUCCUGGACCUCCUGGUCCCCAGGGUCCACCUGGGCCACCAGGAAACCAAGGACAUCCUGGACCUCCUGGUCUACCUGGUGAAAUUGGAUUUUCAGGCAAACCUGGAGAGGCUGGAAAACCUGGUCUUCCUGGUAAAGACGGUCUGGACGGUCUUCCUGGAAACGAUGGUGCAAUGGGGCCCAGGGGAGAGCGUGGAGCAGAUGGCUUUCCUGGCAAGCCUGGACCUAAGGGCGAUGAUGGGCCUCCCGGGCCAAGAGGACCUCCGGGGGAGAGAGGAGAAGCUGGUUCCCCUGGACAGCCAGGUGCUGAUGGAGGAAGAGGAGACAGGGGUGUUCCGGGGGAAAGAGGACAGGAUGGACCAGCUGGGCCAAAAGGUGAAAAGGGGGACAAGGGUGAAGAGGGAGCUCGGGGACCACCUGGUGCUCCGGGAAAUGUAGCGAAUGUCAUCCCUGAGCCUGGGGAACCUGGGAAACCUGGAGAGAAGGGAGAGAAGGGGGAUCAAGGAAAACCAGGAGAGAUGGGUCAAAGAGGGUUACCUGGUGAGCAAGGAUUUAAGGGACCGCCCGGACCAAUGGGUCAAAAAGGGGACACUGGACUUACAGGAGAGACAGGGCGUGUUGGAGACCCGGGUCCACCUGGCAUAGCUGGACCCCCAGGUCCUCGUGGAUUACCAGGGAAUGUGGGUAUACCAGGAGUCACUGGGCCUCCAGGUCCAGUUGGACAGAAAGGAGACAAGGGCGAUUCAGGUAAACCAGGACAGGCAGGUCCUACGGGCCCAUCUGGAGAGCCCGGUGUGAUCGGACCACCUGGACCACCAGGGAAGGGUAAAGACGGGCAACAUGGAGAACCAGGACCACAGGGAAUUCAAGGACCCCCGGGGCCAAAGGGCCAACAGGGGUCAAGAGGAGAACCAGGGUUACCAGGGGACAGGGGUCCUGCAGGAGAGGGCAAAGUGGGACCACCGGGACCUUCAGGAAAUAAUGGGGAGCCUGGGCCAGCGGGCUUGAGGGGUCCACCAGGAAUCGCUGGUCCUCAAGGCCCAGCAGGACAUAAUGGUUUACCAGGAAGGCCAGGAGAGAAGGGAUCACCAGGAGAGCCUGGAAAGCCAGCAGAUCUCUCUGAUCUAAAUCUGAAGGAUGUUUGCUCAGACUGCCCUGCAGGCCCACCUGGACCACCUGGUCUCCCAGGAGUCCCAGGGGACAAAGGACACCAGGGACCCCCAGGGAAAGCUGGUCAAGAUGGUUUUCAAGGCCCGCCGGGACUAGCAGGACCUCAAGGGCCCCCUGGAGCUGACGGUGGAAAGGGUAUCAAAGGUGAUCGAGGACCUCCUGGAAGCCCUGGAGACAAAGGAGAUAAGGGUCACCCAGGACCCCCUGGUCAUCCGGGUAGUCCUGGCUUGAUGGGUACACCUGGUAACGACGGACAGCCUGGCACUGUUGGCCCCCCAGGGCCCCCUGGAGAAAAGGGCAAAGAGGGUCUCAAAGGUAUCCAGGGACCACCGGGUCUUCCAGGCUUGAUUGGUCAGCCUGGAAAAAUGGGAAAAGAUGGCAGACCUGGGGAACAAGGAGAAACUGGCAAGCAAGGUGAACCUGGCCCACCAGGAAACCCUGGGCUCAGGGGACUCCCGGGCUUUAAGGGCCACAGAGGGGAACCUGGACUGCCAGGAUCUAAGGGAGAAGAUGGAAAGCCUGGAUCAUCUGGGCGUGAUGGCAAACCUGGGAAGGAGGGCUCUAUGGGACCUCCAGGCCGAGAAGGACUUAUUGGACCAAGAGGAGAGCCGGGCAAACCAGGUGAACCCGGACCUUCAGGAAAAGCAGGUCUCCCCGGACCUCCAGGUCUCAGGGGAGACAAGGGAGAGGCCGGCAACCCAGGAUUACCGGGUUUUAGUGGACCUAAAGGCCCAGCGGGUCCACCUGGUCCAGUUGGCCCUGAGGGAAAACAGGGAAUGCCUGGCCGAGUUGGUGAUCGUGGCCUCAAAGGAGAUAAGGGAGACCCAGGUGUGAAGGGAGAUAAAGGACAUUCAGGAGAAUCAGGUAUGCCUGGAAACCCUGGACCCCCAGGCAGAAAGGGCCACACAGGGAUGAUGGGCAUGACAGGGCCACCAGGAGAAAUAGGACCUCCUGGGCCACAAGGACCUGCAGGAAACCCUGGUGUCCCAGGCCAGAGAGGGGAGUCAGUAUCACUGGAGCAGAUGAGGCGGCUCAUCCAGGAGGAGCUGGCAAAACAAUUAGAUGCCAAAAUGGCUUACCUCAUGGCUCAGAUGCAGCCAGCCCACGUGAAGAGUACAGUAGGCCGUCCAGGACCUCCUGGCCCUCCAGGUAAGGACGGCAUUCCUGGACGAUCUGGCCCCCCUGGAGAGCCCGGCAUGCCUGGACAGAAUGGAGCAGAAGGACCCAGGGGACCCAUGGGCCCUAAAGGUGAAAAAGGAGCACAGGGACUAAAGGGAGAGUCUGGUAUUGGUGAAAGAGGAGAACCUGGACCUGUUGGCCCAAUAGGUCCAGCUGGUCUGCCUGGUUAUGGUAAAGACGGAAGCCCAGGACAAGCUGGAGCCCAGGGAGAGCCAGGGAACCCCGGCCCCCAUGGCCAGCCUGGACCUCCAGGUCCCCCUGGUCAAUGUGACCCCAGCCAGUGUGCCUACUAUGCCAGCCUGGCACACAGACCCCACACCAAAAAUGUCAAAGGGACUUAAAAAAACAGAAGAGACGCAACAAGCUUGAAGUCCAGCUGUAUUUAUGAACUGUCAGUCGUGUCAGUUUGAAUCAAGAACUUUUCUAUUUCAAGAUAACCUCAGUAUGGAGGGCAUGUGCUGCCGGUCAGAUUUUUUGUUUUGUUUGUUUUUGGUAUGAAGCUUGGGAUGGAUGGGGAUUAAAGGGACUAUUUUAGAUUUAAUAUGGGUGAAGAGGGCAGCUAAAGAGUUUUUUUUCCUUUGCAUGCUUCCUGUAAAUAUAUAGGGAGAUAACAAGGACGAUACCGUUCCCUCCUCUUGAACUACCCCAUUAGGAGCUAAGAUUUGGGCAUCUGAUAUUGUAUUAUUUCAUCAGUAAUUAUCUCAAAAGUUCAGUUAUACAUUUUCUUGCAGGAGUAUGUCUGCACCAAAGUCUUUUUUUUUUUUUUAUCCUGCCUUAAACCAUUUUGCACCAAUUACCAUUCACAGCCCACACUGUGCUAUGUCAAGCAAUAGAUGUCAGUUACUGCCCACAUAAUUGAUUUCUCGCUAGGGAUCUUCUACUAGUCCACUGGUAAUUACUCAGUCAAGGGAAUUGUCUGUUUUAUUGUCACUGAUGGGAAGGGGUGAGCACAGACAGUGUGAGGCACAAUCUCAAAUACCAAUAGUGAUUUUGUGUAGGAGGGGUGUUAAUGAGUUAGUGUGGAGGGUGAUGAAUGGCCACAUUUGUGCCUCUGAGUUGGUAGCAUUGUAGCAUUGUUCUUAUGUAACCUUCUUUCAGAUAGUAUCUGCACCCUGCAGUGAGCAGAAAUAUAAAGUAGCUGUUAAUACAAUUUGUGAAAGUGAUCAUAUCUGAUUUAUUUAUUUAGACAAAAAAACAACAAGAUUUUAUUCUGGUGAUAAACUAGAGGCAGUAGAUAUUACUCAUCAUUUAGAGCCUUGGCAUUGUUUUCUCAUGCUUUGGGAGAGAUUUGAAACAUUUCAUUCCAAAAUUCAGUUUGUUUGCCUAAGAAUUGCAACACAGUAUGACUCCAUAUAAUUUAAAGGUGAAUAUCAAAUUCUGAAACGAAUCGAAGUUUGCAUUAAAUUUUGAACAUCAUAGUAAUAACAUGACAUGCGUGCAUAAUUCAUAAAUGUUAGGUAAUGUCCCAAGCUCACCCACAUAAUGACUAUUAGACCUGAGUCUGAAAAGACAUUGAUACAGGAAGAAUAGAGAAUGUUAAAUAUGUACUUUUAUGUUUAAUGAAGUAGUUCUGGUCAUUCUCACUUUGAGGUAUGCAUAGACUUGAACAGUAAACAGCUUUCAGAAGGUGGUAUAAUUGCAGCCUUUGUUCACCUUUUUUGAAAAGCUGCUUGUUUCACACUGCUUUCUUUAAAUGUGCCACUUCCUUUGUGUUUGGUGAGGCUUAUUAAGUGCCUACACUGUGGCAGUGCCUGGGCAGCUCAGCCCUGUUCUGAAAAGACAUUGCUUUUCUUAUUUGUCCCCUGGACCCUUAAAUUAGAGAGUUGCUUCCCUGCAUCCUGAUGACCAAAGCACUGUGGUAACCGUUUGAAAGAUGUUUUGCCUUACGUCCCUCAUGGACCAAUUACACUUCUUUCCAACCUCAGAUGUGCUGAUUAUCUAGAACCUUUUAAAUAGCCUCCACAAAAGGUAUCACAUUUGUCUUCCUUUCGAAAAUAUGAAGAAGCACAUCAAUACACACAGGAGCAAAAGGGAAGUGGGGAAGCAAUUUUUAAAACCAUAUAGGAACCUGCCUUGCCAGGACAGAUAUGCAGUUUGACCUACUGGUUGUCUUCUUGUGCCAUCUUUUGCUCAGGUUACCCAAUGGAAUGCCACAAUGGCUGUGACGCAACUUUAUGUUCUUGAAGAUGUUCGUGAAGUAGACUAGAAGUUUUAGUUUGACGAAUAUUUCUUGACUGCUCUGGAGGUAAGACAAGGCUUUGUAUUUUCCAAAGAUGAAAUAUCACAUUCUUCAUCUUAGUAAUGAAAAGUUGAAGUCAUAAACAAUUGAAUGCAGUUUUUGUCCCAAAUUCAUCCCACUUGGAUUUAUGCUGCUACAGCGUCUCUUGGUCUGGUUGACCUAUAGCUUAUGGUGGCUUUAUAGUAGAUGAUGUUAGUGAUAAGAUGACUUUAACAUGUCCUGCAGUUUUUAAAAACAUGAAAGUCUUUCUAUAGAGCCAGUGUUUGGUUUACUCUAGAAACAUGGCUUUACAACAUGGCGGACUCUGUGGAAGAGGACCCCUUUACUCUGUAGAUAUAAAGGCUUAUUUUAAGAUAACUAAAACACAUAAUUUCUUUAAUGCCAGUAAAUUAGACAUCAAGCCGGCUACAUCAUCAAUUAAACUUUAGAUGUUACCAUCCUGACAUCAUCAAAUGGCCUAUGCCAUUUUGCAUGUUAUCACAAGGCAUUUUUUGUCUGUAAGUUAUGUAAAAUGUAAGUUAUAUCAUGUACAUAAGUCCUUAUUUUAAUCAAAACCAUGACCUUUCCCUAAACCUAACCAAAUGAUUUUGCUGCCUAAAGCCAAUCAAAUGUUAACCAUUUGUUCAUUAUUGCUACCAUGAUGACUAAGACCUGAAACUUUGUUCUGCACGUUUCAAAUUCAUAACAUGUGGAACUGAAAGCUUAAAAUAUGUAGACAUAACAUACAAAAUAUCCUAAAAGGUGUUGUGCUAUUUAUACACCAUACCAUGAUAUCACUUAGAUGUUACAGUAGCUUUAACGCAACCAAUGAGACUUUUUUUGCCUUCAGAGCAGCUCUGCCUUUGAGAAAUGUCUGUAUCAUUAACACCACAUUAGGUUCAGAGUCAGGUUUUGGCCAUAAAUGUGUGACUGGAAUAAAUGACCUGCUCCGUCAAUACUGUACCAUCUACUAUAUUUUUAUUGGCUUCUUGUCAGUGAUUUAAUUUCAAACAAACAAACCACAUCAGUAUUGCCCUUUCCUGGUUUUAUGUUACAAUUUCCAAAUUAGUAUGUUACAGGGUGGGAUGGUGCACAGCUUAAAAAUGUUUAAUGCAUAUAAUCCAGACAUCUUUCCUCAUUCAAAUUAGUUAUUUUUUAUAACUGAAAGAUUUUUUUAAAUUAUACUGCAAAAUUAUUCAUGAUUUGAACUAAUAGAAAUAUGUUUUACUGCAGUAACAAAAAUUUAUUAACCAGUUUUUCCUAGAUUUCCUGAUGAAUUGGUGCUAAAAUAUUUUAAAUAAGUAGCAUGUUGUAAGUAUUGGAAAGACACAUGUACUGUACUGUAUAAUAAAGACAGGAACAGAUUCAUUUUAUAA